AUGACGACGUCUGCAGGCAGACGCGGUACUUUCUUUGGAAAGGAAAAUAUAACUACUCUCGAUGCUCCGAAAUCGUCAGUAAAAGAUGCUAUUAACGACAGGACUUCCAAGUAUGACCAGGAGAACCUCCUCAAUGGAUUAAAAAAUGGUUCUACCAACAGCAUUCCCGAUUCCUACGUCGGUUACUCAAAUAUUCCUAAUCACGCUUUUAGGCGUGCCGUGCGGCAAGGUUUCGACUUUAACUUAAUGGUCGUCGGAGAAACGGGACUGGGCAAAUCCACGUUCAUCAACACUCUCUUCUUGACUGAUGUUUACGGUCCGGAUUAUCCAGGCCCUUCGAUGAAAGCUAAGGGUGCGGUGAAAGUGCGUUCCACCACUGUCUCGCUUCAGGAGGACGGCGUUACUUUACGAUUGUCAAUAAUUGACACCCCUGGGUUUGGGGAAUGCGUGGACAAUUCCGAGUGCUGGAAACCGAUCGUUGAUUACAUCGAUGCCAGAUUUGAUGACUACAUGACCGCGGAGGGACGCGUUUCUCGUGAUUCAAGAAAGAUUGCAGACACACGCGUCCACGCCUGCUUGUACUUUCUUGCCCCGACGGGUCACCGACUCAAGAGUUUGGAUGCUGAAUGUCUCAAGCGGAUUCAAGACAAAGUGAACGUCAUCCCUGUCAUUGGCAAAGCGGACUGUCUCACACCAGACGAAUGCAAGGAAUUUAAGAAAAAUAUUCUGGCGGAUCUACAACAUCACCAAAUAAGAAUCUACGAUUUUGUCGAGGGUGAUAAGACCAAUGGUGAGACGAAGACGGACUCAGAGCGGAGUCGGAUGCGAGGCCUGCGAGACCGCAUUCCUUUCGCAGUAGUGGGCGCCAACACCUACAUAACCAACACCGCGGGCAAUCGGGUGCGUGCUCGCAUCUACCCCUGGGGCACGGUGGAAGUGGAAAAUGUGGAGCACAAUGACUUCGCUGUCCUCAGCUACUAUCUCAUCCAGCUGCAGAUGCAGAACCUGCGUGAGGUGACGCAUCGUCAGCACUAUGAGAACUACCGUGCGGCGAAGUUGUCGGGCAUUGCCCAGGACAGCAACUUCAAGACUCACGAUGGUCAGGACCCCAUGAUGCUGAUGGACGCGGAGAAGCGCGAGCACGAGCAGAAACUGCGCAAAAUGGAGGCCGAUAUGGAGGCUGUCUUCGCUCAGAAGGUGGCGGAGAAGAGCCAGAAGCAGAAGGAGUUCGAGGCAGACCUGCUGCGUCGGGCGGAGCAGAUGCGGGAGCAGCUGCGUCAGGAGGAGGCGGCACACGAGAUGGAGCGCCGCGCCUUCGAGGAGCAGAAGGCGCGCUGGGAGGAGGCCUGGCGAGAGUGGGACAUCGGCGCUGAUUUGGCCCACAGCACCGCUGGGGGUGGCCUAGGCGAACGCGUCCUCUCAGAGGUCAUUAAGGAGCGUAGCAAGACGGAGAAAAAACGUAAGGGCCUCUUCUAA